UCUUAUUUAAAAUUAAAUUGAAUUUUCAAUUUAUUUUUCCUCUAAAUAGCAAAGAUGAUCAAAAACAACAGUUAUUUUUCUUUUCUGUAUAAAACAGCAACACGAACUACUCUUGUUUCACACAAUUUUUAUAGCGAUUUUAGUAUCCGAAGAAAAGAAGCGAUAACGAUACAACGGCCAAAAGAACAAACAUCAGCUAAGCGAGAUAGCUACACAGCCAAAUUCAUUGAAUGAUACAGUUUCAAAAAGGAGACGGUUCUCCUCCUUUUCUCCUCCUUGUUUGUGUCUUAUUGCGAGAACAAAAUAAAGAAAUGAAGAAAGAUUCAUAGACAUAAGUACGAAUGAAAUAACACAAUUACAUGUUAACAAUAUUGAAUUCGGCAUUUAGUCCAAUAUAAAUGUGUCACUGUGACAGCGAUGAAUGCUGCACUCUUUCUAUAUGCUUCCACUUGGGAGUGAAGAAGACAAAUAUACACACUCACUGUAUCGCAUAUGCGAAUACAUGCACAAAGAUAAGAAUGCGGUAUUUUCAAUGUGAUGGUUCCAAUCGCACAGAACGAUGUACGCAUUUAAAACGUUUUCUAAGAAUGAAGCAAAAAAGGAUUGAAUGAAUCAGUGCAAGAGAACAGCUCCAUUUGUGCGGUUCAUAUUAAAUCGAAUUUUUCAACGAGUCGUGGAUUGUUCGCAGGAAGAAUCAGUUUAAAAAAAAGAAAAAAUACGGAAAGCUAUGAGUAACAUCAUGAAGAUUUUUCGUUCGAAACGAAAGGCAUCCAAGAAAAAAAGGUUGUCCGAUGAAUCGAAUGAUGAUGAUCAAAACCAAACAGCAGCUGCUGGCCCAUCGAACCGCCCGGCAUCACCACCGAUUUUCAAGCUGACGGUCGAUUGCUGUGAUGAAAUAUUUGACUAUUGGUCAACGAAGGAUUUACAUUCAUUUGGUCAAACAUGCAAAGCAAUGCAGAAAGUGGCCGGUGAAUAUUUCAAGCGGAAUUGUGCUGGAGCUGAAAAAUUCACCCGUGAUGAUGGCAUUUACACAUAUUACUACGACCAUGAAGGUGCAUCCAAUAAGCAAACGCUGACAUCAGGUUUCAAUCGAUACAUUACCAAUAUAUCACAUUACUACGAUCACGGACGGGGCCCACUGCGUUACAUUGAGUCGCACAGUGACGAAUUAGAUUCGGUCAACAAUCUUUACCUCGUGUGCACAAGACUAAAUAAGGAGAAGGCUGAAUACUUUCGCAAGAUUUUACCAAAAAUUGAAAAUUUAGCGAUACAUCAAUGCUCAGCUUGGUGUGACAUGUUUAAUGAUAUAUUGAAACUCUGUGAAAACGUGACGAAUCUGUGGAUUCAAGAUGAUCUUGGGGAUAUUAUAAGCAGGAAGAAAAAUCCAUGGUUACUUCAAAAUUACCCAAAACUCAAGCGCUUACAUUUGGGUCCACGAAAUGUGAACGAAAUUAAUGAGCUUGUCUCUUUUUUCGAACGAAAUCCCAACGUGGACAUAUUUUCGACUAAUUACCGUUGUUUCUGGGCGAAUCGAAAUCAGCUCAUGGAUUCCAAAGCAAAAUUGGAGACGUUGUGUGUCGAAGAUUUCCACUAUGAUCCGAUAGGAAAUAUGCAUGAGAUCUGCGAUCUUCUGAAACAACUUCAUGAGAAAGGCUUCUACAAGCGGCUGCAUCUAAAUUUUAGAGAGAUAAGCCAACAGCUUUGCGAUCAGAUUAUUCUGGUGCCCGGUCUCGAAAGACUACACUUCAAAAAAUUCAACAAAAUUUACAGUGUGCCUCAAAUGGUCAGUUUGAAAGAGUUACAUCUCCCUAGCGGCCUCAAAGCAAACGAUAUUCAGAUCUUGUGAAUCUCGAACAAGUUACAAUCAGCUCCAUAUCGUCGAAUGACCUGUUACCAUUCAUGCGUCAUUCAAAGAAGUUGAGGAAACUCUAUGCUUACCUCAAUGAACGCACUCUCAACUUACCGAAAUUGAACAAGGAACGUGAAAAGUCAGCCAAUGCACGAAAGGUAAUCAUUUAUGUCGGAGAUGACAUUUUCUUGGCAACAAAGUGGUCAACCCAUUACGGAGAAACCAUCAUGAAAUUAGUCGAAAUGAGACGAUGCAACGUGUAUAUGUGUUGCGUGUUCGAUUGUUAUAAUCCGAUGUUUAUUCGAAUGUGAAUGUUCAAUGACGUUUGAGUUCAGAUAAUUUGCAGGACACGGUGGUGCCACAUUUCAAUAAAUUAUUACACGAAAUGACUUCAAUUGGUUUUUUCAAAACUAAAAAUGUUAAUAGCAAUCCAAAUCAGACGACAGUUUCUGUAAAUAAUGAAAAUUUCAAGAGCUAUUUUUCUAAAAUUUAAAUCAUUUUUCAAACUUUAAAAUGAUCGUAGCACAAAAUGAAAUUGGAGCAAAAAUUACUUGAUUAUAAUCUGUUGAUAAAUUUCCGAAAACGCAUUAAAAAUAAAUGAAAUAUUAUCGCAUUAAAAUAUUACUGUUAAUAACCACAUAAAAAUUAUGAAAGCAAAAAAUCUGCAGUUUUUUCAAA